UGCGAACGUUCACUCUCACAACCAGUCAACCACAACCAUCCGUUCGAUUGAUCGAUCCUUCCAAACCCUAGCUUAGUCGUUGACUCCUGCGCCGUCCGGUGAGCCAGCCAUGUCUCCCGUACGCUUCAACCCGUGGCGUGCGGCGGAGGCGGAGGUGCAAGGUGUGAAGAGGAAAGGUGACUCCUGCUACAACAAGGGGAGCUACGGGAAGGCCAUCAAGCACUACACCCGCGGCGCCGAACUCGACCCCAGCGACAUCUCCUUCUUGAUCAAGCGAGCCAAAGCCCUAUCGGGCCUGGGACAGUACCAGGAGUGCGUGAGGGACUGCAACGACGCGCUGAGGAGGGGCGAGGAGCUCGGCUCCGGCAGCUCCGGCAACAAGCUGAUCUCGGAGGCGCUGUUGUGGAAGGCGUCGGCGCUGGAGCAUCUCGCCGACUGCGCCGCGGAUUACGAGCAGGUGAUCCUGCUGCUGCGGCGGUCGCUGGAAACGUGCCACAGCGAGGAGGCGCAGAUUAGGCUGAAGGGGGCGUUGUUCAUGAGGGAGCAGUACGAGGAACUCAAAAGCCAAAAACUUGAAUGUGGUGCUUAUCCAACUUACACGCAGCAUCUUUACCCCGCAAGACUUGAAGAGCGCAUUAACAUGGAUAAAACCAGGCUCAACACCUUGUUGAAGCAUGCAACAAAAGAACUACAAAAAAAUGAGGACAAAUUAUCCGAGGAGCGCUCAAGACGGAAGGAAUACGAAGACAUGGUCAUGGCAAUUCAAGCCUCGAUUGAACAACUUACAAUGAAUCACGAUGCAGAACUUAAGUCAGUCCGGGAGGAUAAAGCGAAUCUAGAAUGUCAACUCUUACAAUGCACAGAGAAACUUGAACGGCUACAAUCCAUCUUAAACCGCGAACCGCCAUUCACCUGUCCUAUAUUUCUGGGGAUUUUCACCCAUUCUUGUCAUCCAAACAAUCAUAAAAAAUGAUGAGUUAAUAUGAGGAGAUGGCACCUUCACAAAUGUGCUGGUUUAAAUUCAACCUAUAUCACUUGAAGCCAAAACACUAUUUAUAGUCAUAUUUAUUAUUUUUUUCAACUGGCCUUGAAUUUAAGCUUAAAUGUUUGUGAAUCAAUGUUACAUAAUAUUCUUUCUUGCCAAAAUUUUUAAUAACUUUUAGAUGUCAUGCAAAACAAAAUCUUUCCUGACUACACUUAUUACCUUGCUUGGUCAAAAUUUCAGCAUGUCAUGGAGGAUCCUUACAUUACAGCGGAUGGACACACCUACGACGGUGAGGCGAUCAGGGCAUGGCUCGACGCUGGGCAUGACACAUCUCCAGUUACCAACUUGCCUCUUGAACACAUGGAACUCAUUCCCAAUCGCGCACUCCGUUCUGCUAUUGUGUGGUGGCACGAACAGCAGAACGCGGCACGCGAACACCGCGACAUGGCGUGAACUACAACUCGGCGUUUCAUAUUGUAAAAUUCUUAAUUGUUGUCUGUACUUUUGAACAAUUUUUUGCUGUCUGUAGUUACUUGUUAGCCAUGUUUAUAACACACAGGUUGAAAUUGUAGGCUGUUAGUAUGCCUUGUACACACAGGUCGAUAUAAUUCAUGCCAGAAUGCAACAUAAACACAGCAUUCAGUAAAA